CGCCCGCGCGGGCGCCGCGCUGGCUCGGGCUCUGCCGCCGCCGCCUCCUCGCCUGCAGGCCGCCGCCGCCGCUAGUCGCGCAGACGCGGGCUUGGCUGGCCGGCGCGCGCGCGGGUCCGCAGGGGGGGGCGGCGGCGUCCCCUCACCCGGCUCCUCCUGCGGCGCGGCGGGCUGUGCGGAUAUGGCCGCGGCUGUAGCGGUGGCGGCCGCCUCUCGGCGCCAGUCGUGCUAUCUGUGUGAUCUGCCCCGCAUGCCUUGGGCCAUGAUCUGGGACUUCACGGAGCCCGUGUGCCGCGGCUGCGUCAACUACGAGGGCGCCGACCGCGUGGAGUUCGUCAUCGAGACGGCGCGCCAGCUGAAGCGUGCUCACGGCUGCUUCCAGGAGGGUCGCUCCCCGACCGGUGCACAGCCCGCAUCCGCUAAGCCACCGCCACUGUCGGCCAAGGACCUCCUGCUGCAGCCGCCGCCGCAGCUGGGCCACGCGGGCGCCGAGGCCGCGCGCGCUCAGGCCUUGGAGCGCUACCCGCUGGCGCCGGAUCGUGCCCCGCGCCUGGCCUCCGAGUUCAGCACGCGUGCGGGUGCAGGCCUCCCACAGUCUGCCGCGGCGCAGUCCUCGCCGGCGAACGGCAUCCUGGUGCCCAACGGCUUCUCCAAGCUGGAGGAGCCGCCCGAGCUGAAUCGCCAGAGCCCGAACCCUCGGCGUGCACACGCCGUUCCGCCCACCCUGGUGCCUCUGGUGAAUGGCUCCGCGGCGCUGGGGCUGAGCGGCCGUGCUGCGGCCACACUGGCCGCGGUGAGUGGAACACCGGGCCUGGGAGCUCAGCCUGCGGAGUUGGGCACCCACAAACGCCCGGCGUCUGUGUCGAGCGCGGCGGCUGAGCACGAGGCGCGCGAGCAGAGCAAGGAGAAAGCGCAGCCCGCGCACCGGAGCCCGGCCGACAGCUUAUCCGGCACGGCUGGGGCUAGCGAGCUGAGCGCCGAGAGUGCAGGCAAAGGCCGAGCGCCCGGGGAGCAGGACUGGGCCAGCAGGCCUAAGACGGUGCGGGACACGCUCCUGGCGCUGCACCACCAGCACGGCCACUCGGGGCCCUUCGAGAGCAAGUUCAAGAAAGAGCCAGCCCUGACUGCAGCAGGCAGGUUGUUGGGUUUCGAGGCCAACGGGGCCAACGGGUCUAAAGCAGUUGCAAGGACAGCAAGGAAAAGGAAGCCUUCUCCAGAACCGGAAGGGGAAGUCGGGCCCCCUAAGAUCAAUGGAGAGGCACAGCCUUGGCUGUCCACUUCCACAGAAGGGCUCAAGAUCCCCAUCACCCCUACAUCCUCUUUUGUGUCUCCACCACCCCCUACUGCCUCUCCUCAUUCCAACCGGACCACACCACCUGAAGCGGCCCAGAACGGCCAGUCCCCAAUGGCAGCCCUGAUUUUAGUAGCAGACAAUGCCGGGGGCAGUCACGCCUCGAAAGAUGCCACCCAGGUUCACUCCACCACCCGGAGGAACAGCAGCAGCCCGCCCUCUCCCUCCUCAAUGAACCAAAGAAGGCUUGGCCCCAGAGAGGUGGGGGGCCAGGCCACCGGCAGCACUGGAGGACUGGAGCCGGUGCACCCCGCCAGCCUCCCAGACUCCUCUCUCGCAGCCAGCGCCCCCCUGUGCUGCACCCUCUGCCACGAGCGGCUGGAGGAUACCCACUUUGUGCAGUGCCCAUCCGUACCUUCGCACAAGUUCUGUUUCCCUUGCUCCAGACAAAGCAUUAAACAGCAGGGCGCUAGCGGAGAGGUCUAUUGUCCAAGCGGGGAGAAGUGUCCUCUGGUGGGCUCCAACGUUCCCUGGGCCUUCAUGCAAGGAGAGAUUGCUACUAUCCUCGCCGGAGAUGUGAAAGUGAAGAAGGAGAGAGACUCGUGACUUUCCGCGCUCAGAAAAAGCCCACGCUUACCUUUAACUCAAACUUGUUGAACUGUAUAUAGAUCUCCAUACAUACAUAAAUAUAUAUAUAUAUAAAUAUAUAUAUCCAAGACAAGGGAAAUGUAGACUUCAUAAACAUGGCUGUAUAAUUUUGAUUUUUUUUGAAUACAUUGUGUUUCUAUAUUUUUUUUUUUGACGACAAAAGGUAUGUACUUUAAGGCAUUUUCUUCUUUUGUUAACGUUGUUAGGCUGUCUGUGCUUGACUCUUCGGGUGACAGUUGCUGUUCUGUGGAGGCUGCUACUUGGCUGCUUUUGUUUUUUGUUUUGUUAUUUUCUGUUUUUGGUUUUUUUUGUUUUUGUUUUUUUUUUUUUUUUUGUUAAGAGCACUUGGCAAACAAAUGCUUCUAGCCGUAUCUGUAUGCACUUAUUUUAAAAAAAAGAAAAAAAGCCAAAUACAUUUUUUUUUCUGACAUUGUAA